AACAGCUGAUCACAUUAUCAGUGCUAUCGCAGGUGAUGUAACUUUGUUCAGCAUUAGAUCUAGCUGUUAUCCCUUCUGUUGUUGUUAGUUUAAUUUACUUUGCUAAUAUCAAUAAAUUAUGUUGAAGUUAGUAUCGGCAUUUAGAAAUCCUAUUACACAGCAUUCCUCUCGAUGCACAGUGCGGCUUUUGCAUGUUGGCGAUGCAGAUAAUUUGUCAACCUCAAUUGAUAAGACCUCCCAUGAGUUUAAGGAAAAUUUUAAUCAAAUGACUAAAUUGGUAAAUGAGUUGAAUGACAUCACUCAGAAGGUUCUGGGCGGUGGUGGCCCUACAGCAAACGAGCGUCAUACUUCACGAGGCAAACUAUUAGCCAGGGAACGCGUUAAUUUAUUGCUGGACAGAGGAUCAUCAUUUCUGGAAUUAAGCACUUUGGCAGGCUAUGAACUCUACGGGAAAGAAAUCGUGAACUCUGGUGGUAUCGUUACUGGUAUUGGCAGGGUGUGUGGAACUGAAUGUGUUGUCGUUGCCAAUGAUGCUACGGUUAAAGGAGGUUCCUACUAUCCAAUAACUGUGAAAAAACAUUUGCGCGCCCAGGAGAUUGCUCGAGAAAAUCGUCUACCAUGUAUAUACUUAGUAGAUUCAGGUGGAGCAAACUUGCCACGCCAGGCGGACGUAUUUCCCGACAAGCUGCAUUUCGGGCGCAUCUUCUAUAAUCAAGCCACCAUGUCUGCAUUAGGUAUUCCACAAAUUGCAGUUGUAAUGGGCAGCUGCACUGCUGGAGGAGCAUAUGUUCCCGCAAUGGCAGAUGAAAGCAUUAUUGUAAAACGGCAAGGUACUAUAUUUCUAGCAGGUCCGCCGUUAGUAAAAGCUGCUACCGGUGAAGAGGUUUCUGCUGAGGACUUGGGCGGUGCUGAUUUACAUUGUAAAACUUCCGGAGUGACUGAUCAUUAUGCUGUUGAUGAUGAACACGCUCUGUACUUGGCCAGACAAGUUGUGCGAAACUUAAACUUUCCCUCAACAAAUAGUUACAAUGAACAGUUGUUGUACUCAAGUCAAAAGGCGAGCAAAUCAAUCAAGGCUGACAACAUGGAGUUAAUUGAAGAGCCAAAGUACGACCAACGCGAUUUGUAUGGAAUUGUAGGUACCACACUAACCAAGAGUUUUGACGUGCGUGAGGUCAUAGCACGUAUAGUCGAUGGGAGCCGUUUUACAGAAUUCAAGAAACUAUAUGGUGAAACUUUGGUAUGCGGUUUUGCCAAACUUUAUGGCCAUACAGUGGGCAUAGUCGGCAAUAAUGGUGUACUCUUUUCGGAAAGUGCUCUUAAAGGCGCCCAUUUUAUUCAGUUGUGUGCUCAACGUAAUAUACCAUUGAUAUUUUUGCAGAAUAUUACCGGGUUUAUGGUAGGCCGUGAUGCGGAGGCCAAUGGUAUCGCAAAGAAUGGCGCUAAAAUGGUUACAGCUGUGGCUUGCGCGAAUGUGCCAAAAUUCACGGUUAUUAUCGGAGGUUCUUAUGGCGCUGGUAACUACGGUAUGUGUGGCCGUGCGUAUUCGCCACGUUUUCUUUACAUGUGGCCAAAUUCCCGCAUUUCCGUGAUGGGUGGCGUUCAGGCAGCUAAUGUACUCGCGCAGAUAACUGCAGAUCAAAGGAAACGUGCUGGAAAAAGUUUUACCGAGGAAGAAGCAAACCAGUUGAAAGCUCCCAUUAUAGAGACAUUCGAAAAGGAGGGCUCGCCAUAUUAUAGUACAGCUCGUUUGUGGGACGAUGGAAUUAUUGAUCCGGCCAACACACGUCUAGUUUUGGGCCUAAGUUUAAAAGCGGCUUUAAAUAAUGCUGGACAGUCUACACGAUUCGGUGUAUUUCGUAUGUAAAAGCGUUAAGGAAGAAAUCAGACAUUUAUUGCAUUUAUAUUUUAGAUACACUUUGUAUCUGGUUGUGAAUAGUUAUUGUAAACGGUUGCAUUUAUUAGAAUUAAGAAUAGUUUUUUUUACCUAUUAUUAUUUUUUUAGCUUGAAAAUACACAUUUCAAUUAAUGAAAAGUGAUAA